GAGCAGGCGUCUGAUUGGCUCCAGCUGCUGCUGCUAUGAUGGGAUGAAAGUAGAGGGCUGAUCUGGCAGCUCGUGCUCUCAUUGGUUGUUGCUGUGGAAACAAGAGGCGCUUGAUUGAAAGAGUGGGCGGGGCCGGGAGAGGGAGCCCUCCUACUAUUAUGUUUGCAAGUUGCAGGCUGGCAGGGAGUUGUGGCUGGAGCAGAGAGUGAGGGAGACACAAGGCUGGAGAGGAGGAGGAUCAGCAUCAUUGACACCUGUGCUGGGAGCUCACAGGCUGCUGGAGGGAAGCUACAGGUGCUGCUUUACCUGAGGCUCCAGGAGGGGCCCCCCAGCAGAGAGAAGGCAGUUGUGGGGUGCAGCAGGGCCAGCAUGAGGGACUCUGGGAGUCUGUGAGAGUUGGAUACAAAUCAAGGGAUUCUCCUCCAGUCCCUGUCAACAGGUAGUGGCUCAUCUGUGCAGCCCCCCAGCCCUCAGCCUGGAGACCAGCGUACCGGGGGGUGGGGGUCCCCUCAAUCCAUCACUCUUUUCCUGCACUCGCCAUGGGAGCUGACGAUUAAGGACCCGAGUGACUCCUGAACACCCAAAGAAUUGGAUAUUAUUCUCGGAGAUGAUCACGAUGCAGCAUCUGUAAAUCUCAGCAAAGAACAUAUCACGGGGCCCCGGAGUCCAUAAACGCUUUUGGGGGGAAGCUUUUAUACUUUUAUAUCGGAAACAUGAAUUGUGGGUGCUGGCCGGGGACAGACUGAUAUUCCGUAGCCUUUUCGUUUUUGGAGUAUAUUCGGACCGUUCGGAGGGAGAUUGGGCUUACCGUUGGGGUCUCCGAAUGCUGCAAAAAAGGCUUGGUGUAAUUCCUGUCGCUGGCAGAUCUGUGCUAUGCAUUGGCGCCUCUGUAUUAUUGUCCUUAUCCUCUUCUUCAGCUGUAUUAACGGCGCUAUCCAAUCAGACUCCCAGACUGUAGUUGGACGUGUAGGAGAGAGCACGGUGCUGGGGUGCAGCCUCCUCCACCAGGACGCGGGGCGCCCUCCUCUCUAUGUCAUCGAGUGGGUGCGCUUUGGAUUUAUGCUCCCCAUCUUCAUCAAGUUCGGUCUGUACUCGCCCCGCGUGGAUCCCCAGUAUUUAGGCCGCACUCGGAUCGAGGAAGGCGCCUCUCUCCAUAUUGAUUCUCUCCGCUCCGAGGAUCAGGGCUGGUAUGAGUGCCGGGUGCUCUUCCUGGAUCGACACCACAGAGAAGAGGAUUUUCAGAACGGGACGUGGGUCCAUCUCACAGUGAACUCCCCUCCUUCUUUCCAUGAAACUCCACCCGCAUACGUGGAAGUGCGCGCGGGAGACACGCUGACGCUAACCUGCGUAGCUCAUGGCAACCCUCAGCCUGUGGUCACAUGGAAACAAGAUGGUGUUGCCAUAGAGAGUGGAGAUAAGAUCCAGGCGGCUAAUGGCUCUGUGAGCAUCGUCGGGGUGGAACGUACCAACGCGGGGGUGUACACCUGCCAUGCCUUCAGCGACGAAGGGGAGAUCACGCACACUAGCCGCGUGCUAGUCCAAGGCCCCCCUAUCAUUGUGCUCCCCCCAGAGAACACCACAGUGAAUGUUUCCCAGGAUGCCUUUCUAACGUGCCAGGCUGAGGCUUAUCCUGCCAACCUCACUUACUCCUGGUUCCAGGGCAGCAAUAACGUCUUUCUACUCAACCAUCUCCAGCCGAGAGUCCGCAUCCUGGUGGACGGGAGUUUCCUUAUCCAGCGGGUCACCCCAGAGGAUGCUGGGAAAUACACCUGCAUUCCCAGUAACGGCAUGUGGAAAUCCCCCUCUGCUUCCGCCUACCUGUCGGUACUGCAUCCAGCCUAUGUAACAAACAUGCCCGCAGAGACCUACCUUCCCAUUGGGAUGCGCGGUGUGAUCAAGUGUCCCGUCAGAUCCAACCCAUCCUUACUAUACGUCAACUGGACCAAGGACGGACACCCCUUAGAGCUGGACAAGUACCCAGGUUGGUAUGUGGAUGAGGACGGCUCACUGGUUAUAGCGACAGGGAAUGACGAUGCUCUCGGGAUCUACACGUGUUCCCCGUAUAACAGUUACGGCACAGCUGGGGUGUCUCUGCCUACGGAGGUGAUCUUAAAGGAGCCUCCGUCAUUCAUCGAUGUCCCCAUUGAGGAAUAUUUCCAAGACGUGGGCAGAGAACUGGUGAUUCCUUGUUCAGCCGUGGGAGACCCUCCUCCUCUCAUCCAGUGGUCAAAGCUGGGACUGCCUGGGAAGAGCGUCGCUCAGAUGGAUUCAAACAGCAGUCUGGUCUUCCGGCCCCUCACCAAGGAAGAGCAUGGAGUCUGGGAAUGUACGGCAACCAAUCACGUGGCCACCAUUAGCGCUCGGACUGCCAUCUAUGUGCUGGGUACAAGCCCACACGCUGUAGCCAACGUUACUGCCCAGUCCCUCGUCUCUUCUGUGAAUGUUUCCUGGCUUCCCGGAUUCGAUGGCGGUUAUUUGCAGCGGUUCAGUGUGUGGUACGCCCCACUGGUGAAGAGACUGACUCGCGGGCACCACGACUGGAUCUCACUCUCGGCUGCUCUUGGUGCCAGUCACUUGCUGGUGGAGAAUCUGCAGACAGACACGGCCUAUCAGUUCAGCGUCCUCUCCCAGAACAAGCAGGGCACCGGGCCCUUCAGUGAGAUAGUGACCGCCACUCCUCUGAAUUUCCUACUUAGCACUGUGCCACCUCCAGUGCCCACAUCAGAGCCUAGCGACAACCUUUCCCCGCCCCGCUACCUUUCAGCCAAUGAGACGUCAGGAGGGGUGUUUCUGCAGUGGUUGCCCCCGCUGCGCUCUUCGCUGCCUCUGCGUGGGUACGGCCUGGAAUUCCGGAGGGAUGAAGGAGCCUGGGAACUACUGGAUGAAUCCAUCCCUGAGUCUCAGACUGAACUUGUGGUGCGCAAGCUGGUCAAGGAUACCUUGUACGAGUUCCGGCUUGUGGCGUUCGCGGGUGAUUAUAUCAGCGAGCCCAGUAACAGUGUAAAUAUCUCUACGGCAGGGAUGAAGGUGUACCCAUCGAAAACUCUGAACCCAGAGGUGCAGCGGAAACCCUUGAUGGCCGGCGUUGUGGGAGGGGCCUGCUUUCUCAGCUUGGCCAUUAUUCUCAGCACUGUGGUCGCCUGCAUGAUGAACAGACGCCGGGUCAGGCGCCGCCUCAAGCGCAGACAGCAAGAUACACCAAUGGUCUUCUCCCAACCCAAGAAAGCUUCUCCUUCACAAAAUUCUAAUGGCUCUAACAGCCCCGACAGUCUUAUGAGGGUCAAGCUACACGCGUCCCCCUAUAACAGCCUGCGACGGUCUCUACAAUUGGCCGAGAGACCCGGGAAUAACCUGGGCAUAACCACCAGCGGGAAGUAUAUGAUAUACGAGUCUCACAUCGGAGAUGCUUUUCCAUUGGAGAGAAUCAAUCGCGGCCCAGAUGGACGCUUUGUGGUGGAGACUGAGACAUCAUCGGGGAACAUCAGAGGUUUCCCGUAUGUGACUGAAACCGACCUGUACCCAGAAUUCAACGCUAGGGAGUCUUCGGACCUGAGUCAGUGCUCACAGGUUAAGACGUACCUGCAAGCUUGCCAGCUCCCUGAAGGGGGUGCAGUGUCAUGGAGGGAUGAGGUAAAGUUGAGACCCCAAGCUACGGGCCAGUUCAGAAAGGAGGUGAGAGAUUCUGGGUACCGCAGAGGAAGGUACUUUGGCUGCAGCAGUAGCCCACUAGAAGAAGCCAUACCUUUCCGCAUUUCGGACAUUAGCCCUGUGACAUCUUCUGUGCCUCUUCCCUAUAGUAAGAUAGAGGAGGCCCGAUGCAGAGAUUCUGCCCAGACAGAAGAGGAUUUGGAAAGGACCAUUUAUACCCUCAAAGGUUCUGAGCAUGACGGUUACUCAACGUUGAGUGGUGUAGGGAGAGAACCAUCAUUGUUGUUACAAAAGCCACUAGGGGGCGACGAGGCAGAGAGUCGGCUGAGACGCAGCCUGUGCACUCAGAGUGGGAUUCUCCAAUACCUCAGCCUUCCCUUCUUCAAGGAGAUGAGUGUGGAUGGAGAGUGGCCCUCCGAGGAGGAAGAGAAACACCGGUGCUCAGAGCACAAUUCUGUAGGGACCACAGAGCAGGUCGGCCCAAAUGCACUUGCUCUAGAGGAUAGGACGUUAAUGGAUGUGGAAGGAAGGAGUGGGGUCCGGAAUCCAGAAACCCCUUGCGUUCCGCACUCCUUGUCACCUCUUGAUUACAUAACCAGUAAACAAGAGAUCCCUGUGCCUGUAAAGUCUUUCUUGAAACCCCCACAGCCAAACUCGGGGCCCGCGAAAGCAGUACUGCCGGGAAGCUUCAUGUGGGCUCAUCCCCCCGAAAACUCUGAGCGUUUAAAAGUCGGGCAGAGAGCGCACUGGGGUGCAGGAGACGUUGCCUUGGACAGCAGAGCUGAGAGCCACCUGCCCUCCGACUGUGAGUGCCCCCUCAACGACCAACCCCUCUCAGUGUUCACCGACUUCCAGGCACUGGAAAAGCAAAGGCCGCCAUUGGACAAGUCUCUCUUUCUGCAUGGCUCAGAGAAGGUGAUGAGGAGUAGCCUUACUAGUCAGAGCAGUGGCAGAGGUAGCGUCUCCUUCCUCAGGCCCCCCUCACUGGCACAAUCUGUGGGGGGCAGCUACCUCAACUCACCAUUGGGUGAAACAUCCAGCUGGCACAGUGGUGGUGGAUCCCAGGGAUCGAGUGCUGAGGACUACAGGCACCGGAAAGAUUCACUAUUGGCCACUAUAAGCAACAGGAGGAACACUUCAGUGGAUGAGAAUUACGAGUGGGACUCAGAGUUCACUUUGGAAGCGGAUUUGCUGGAUGCCCUACAGGUUUACCAAACCACCAAUGGAGGCCGGCCUAUCUCCACGGUGGACGAGGGAGAGGUGAAAAAUCAGAACGUGAAGAUCCCGGCAGAGGCGCCGAAUUCCCCGGCUGGUUCGGGGUCGGUGGAUGCCUUCGAUAGCCGCUACCCUCAGCCUUUGUGCAGCCCAGAAGAGCGAUGUGCGGCCCUUAAGGAGGAGUUUUUGGAACACCAGAGGCGAAAUUGCGCCGCACAGAAGGUGCACACAAACAGUAAAGACUUUGAGGAAUGUUACGAGCAAGCCACACUGCUAUGACCCCCUCACCCCCAUCUAGCGUGGGGUCUUCAGCGUGGCAGAUCCUACCAGACCAGAAGGGACACUGUUACUGCGGCAUUAUCAAGUGGGGGUUUUGCCCCACGUCUCCUGUGUUAGGCAUCAGGUUUACCAAUACCUGCCAAUGUUACAUCAGGGUUAUCACAUCAGCCAAUCAAAACUGUUUUGUUGCGUACGGGCAACCUGGAACGCCAGCUGUCUUACAUGCACGACUGUUCCUCCUCUCUCACUGAGAAGUAUUAUGUUGCAGUUUAUAUUUUGCUUAUCGUACCCCCCCCCCCUAUACAGGGAGUAGAUGAUCACAGAUCCGACUCCUGCUCCAGCUGUACCAAUGCAGAGACAGGCCACGGCCAUUAUGGUGCUCGUAGAGGAGAUUAUGUUGUAUAUUUCAACAGGGCUUUAGAGGAUCCAUGUAAAGAAAAAAACAAGAGUUAUGUACAUUUACCCCAAAAAGUUAUUUUCUUACAGCAAUAUCCAGAUCUCUGGUAAUCAUGGUUUGAGGAGAAUAAUGAUGUUCCACUUCAACAUGUGCGGUUAAUAAACAUACUGGCUAUCGACAAGUGCCAAAAAAUAGCAAUGCUGCGACUGACCAAUCAGAAGCCAAAGAAUCUCCUAGUAACGGAUUCUGAUUGGAUGUUGAAGUGACACUGUAACUUAUGAGUAGGCCACUAUUUAUGAAGGUGACAUGCCAGUGAGAAGAAGGUAGCCACAUAUCUGUUGGCAUUGGCCUGCCCCAUAUACAGUGAGCUUAAGCCAGUGGCACAUUUAGUAUUUUUAAAUGGUUUCUUUUGCCUUUGCUUUCUUCCCCUCCAAUCGCAGCGAUGUCUGGUAUGUAGGACACUGCACAUGACUUAACCCUGUAUAUUUUUCAUUGCUUCUGGAAUGUGACUCCUGACCAUUUUUUAUGCGAAAGAGUAAAGCACACAUUCCAACUGGUGAGGUUCACUGGGAGACCAAACGGCAGCUGAAUUACAUCGCUCUUUACCCCCCCCCCAUAAGGUUCCGUUUGACAGGCGUUUUUUUAGCCUCUAUUGCGUUAACUGUAUCCCCCUUUACUGACAGGAUGCUUCAGG